CGGCAAAUCCCGAUGAGAAAGGGAAACCCCCUCACCUCGUUACUUGGAAAUCUAUUUAUUUCAUAUCAGCCUUCAUUGCAAGCUGUCAACUCCAGCCUCAUUCUUAGUACUGCCAAAAUAACCUCAACGCUCCGAUUCCAAUGCGUCCCCUCACCGAAGACGAGAGUAAAGCUGUUUUCACAAAACUUGCCAACUACAUCGGAAAGAACCUUAUCCAUCUCAUCGACCGCAAGGAUGAGCCAUACUGUUUCAGGCUGCAUAAAGAUAGGGUAUACUAUGUCUCAGAAUCAUCGAUGCGCAUGAGCAUCUCCGUCGCUCGACCCAACUUCGUCAGCGUCGGUACUUGCUUCGGAAAAUUCAGCAAAAGCGGGAAAUUCAAGUUGCAUGUAACAGCACUUGAACAUAUCGCACAGUAUGCAAAAUACAAAGUCUGGAUCAAAUCAAAUGGAGAGAUGCCGUUCCUGUACGGCAAUCAUGUUGUGAAAGCACAUCUUGGCCGGAUAACAGAAGAUACUCCUGAACAUCAAGGAGUGGUAGUCUUCAGUAUGAACGAUGUACCACUGGGCUUUGGCGUCACAGCGCGGUCAACAGUAGAUACCCGAAAAUUAGAUCCAACAGCCAUAAUCGUCUUUCAUCAAGCCGACGUUGGUGAAUACUUGAGAGACGAGGAAACCUUGUUUUGAUCGUUCCCACUUUUCUUUUCUUUUUCUUCUUUUGGUAUGGGAGGUUUAUGGACCCACACAACUUAGAUUACCCGUUUACACGUCGGCAGUUUCGUAGUUCUUGGCCAUGCGUAGAUCGUAUGUCGCGCCAUCUCUUUACUCUGGUAAAAGUAUUGUAGUUUCGCCUUACGCUGAAGGUUCUGUUUAUUGAGGUAGAAGGCACAUGUACGGAUGAUCCUACAACGAGAAUGGAUAUUGAAUAAUGAA